GCUGUGAUUGUAUUUUCUUGCAGCGUUGCGAGUAGGUGGUCGAUCGGAUAAUACGGGCUGACCGUGGGGCCACAGCAAAAAGGGACGGUUCGGACAAUUGGAUAGCAGCGGCCAACCGCACGGUCCGCUGCCGUGAACGCGAGUGAAUUGAAAGAAAAAGCAUAAAGGUUGAAAAAAAAAUCAACCGCCAAGCAGCAGCCGCUUCAGUGUCGGUGUCCCACUAUGGACGAUGGUCGAUGUGAGUGCGCGAAAGGUGUGUUUUAGUGCGUGACCAGGCAGCAGAAGGGCAGAAAUUCCUCCACUCCGCACCGAUUCGUCCGCCCGGUCCAAGUGGGAAGAGAAGGCCCUCUCCCCGCAAGCAGCAAAGGGCAGCGACGCCCGGUUGGGCUCAGUUCGUCGGCAUCGGUGAAACGAGCGCGCGCGCGCGCAAAAAGCCAAACAACAUCAAAAAGGGAAAGCGUUUCAUCCUCCGCGUGAAACGUUCUUGGCCGUAACUUUACCUUGUCCGGCAGCCGUCUAGCACCAGCACCACAUUCGCCAUGGCCAUGUCGAAGGGAUUCCGCGUGCUGGAGAAAUCGAAACCACCUUCACCGCACAGCGUGUUACUGGAGCAUCGAAAUAAGCCGGAAACGUUACUCUUUGAAUCGCAGGCCGUUGCAGUGCUGUCGGCACAGGAGACGGAAAUCGUUCGCAAGCAGUACACCAAGGUGCUGGACGCAUACGGAUGUCUGGGCGUGCUUCAAUUGAAUGCCGGCGACAGCUCCCUCCUCUACCUAGUCAUGGUGACCGGUUGCUUUUCGGUGGGCAAAAUCCUCGACAGCGAAAUCUUCCGCAUCACCCAAACCCAGUUCGUGUCGCUGCAGUACCAACCGACCGGCGAGGAUAAGGUGGCCGAAAUACGGAAGGUGCUCAACUCGGGCACAUUUUACUUUUCGUUCUCGAACACGGGCCAAACCACCGUCGGCCCACCGUUGCCCCCGUUCGGAUUCGAUGUAACGCUUUCGGCCCAGCGACGACGCCGCACGAACGAAACGGACAAUCGGUUCUUCUGGAACCGGAUGCUGUUCAUCCAUCUGCUGCGGUACGGGGUGGAGUGUAACGUUUGGCUGCUGAAAGCAAUGUGCGGCUCGGUCGAGAUACGGACGGUGUACGCAGGCAGCAAGCAGGCCCGGGCCGCCAUCAUAUCGCGGCUGAGCUGCGAACGGGCCGGGACGCGCUUCAACGUGCGCGGCACGAACGACGAGGGCUGCGUGGCCAACUUCGUCGAGACGGAGCAGUGCAUCUAUCUGGACAAUGAGAUCACGUCGUACGUGCAGACGCGGGGCAGCGUCCCGCUGUUCUGGGAGCAGCCGGGCGUACAGGUCGGUUCGCACAAGGUGAAGCUGUCGCGCGGCUUCGAGGCAUCACGGUCCGCCUUCGAUCGGCAUAUGCGCACGAUGAAGGCACGGUACGGGCAGCAGGCGAUCGUGAACUUGCUCGGCACCAGCCUGAUCGGCAGCAAGGAAGGUGAGGCGAUGCUGAGCAACGAGUUCCAGCGCCAUCAUCGCGAGUCCGAGCACACGGAUGUGCCGCACCUGGUGUUCGACUACCACCAGGAGUGCCGGGGUGGCAACACGGUUGCGCUGUCGAAGCUACGCCAGAAGCUCGAUGCGACCUGUGCCGAUUUCGGCAUGUUUUACGCGAUCGGCGACGCGGUGUACCGGGAGCAGCGCGGCACCAUACGCACCAACUGUCUCGACUGUCUCGAUCGGACGAACUGCGUGCAGACGUACAUCGGGCUGGAGAUGCUGAACGAACAGAUCACGCUGAUGGCGGCACUGGCGGACAAGAAGCAGCAGAUGAGCUCCCGGUUCGAGGAAGUGUUUCGCCAGAUGUGGAUCAACAACGGGAAUGAGGUGAGCAAGAUUUAUGCCGGUACCGGCGCGAUACAGGGCGGCUCGAAGCUGAUGGACGGGGCCCGGUCGGCGGCCCGCACCAUCCAGAACAAUCUGCUGGACAACUCGAAGCAGGAGGCAAUCGAUGUGCUGCUGGUCGGCUCGACGCUCAGCUCGGAGCUAGCGGACCGGGCACGGAUACUGCUUCCAUCGAACAUGCUGCACGCACCAACGCCUGUCCUGAGGGAGAUGUGCAAACGGUACGAGGAGUACGUGAAUCCGCUAGUGUUUCGGGUGGCGUGCGGCACGUACAACGUGAAUGGUGGCAAACACUUUCGCAGCGUCGCGUACAAGGAUGUGUCGUUGGCGGACUGGCUGCUGGAUUGUCAUCGGUUGGCCCGAUCUCGGUCGUUGGUGGAUUUCAGCCAGGUGGACGACAGCAAUGAGUCUCCGGUGGAUAUAUUCGCGAUCGGGUUUCAGGAAAUUGUUGACCUGAACGCUUCCAACAUUGUGGCCGCUAGCUCCGACAAUGCAAAGGCCUGGGCGGAAGAGCUGCAGAAGGUGGUAAGCCGCGACCACGAGUACGUGCUGCUCACGUACCAGCAGCUGGUAGGCGUCUGCCUGUACAUCUACAUCCGGCCCCAGCACGCGCCGUACAUCCGGGACGUGGCGAUCGAUUGCGUGAAGACGGGGUUGGGCGGUGCGACCGGCAACAAGGGUGCGGCCGCGAUCCGCUUCGUACUGCACGGUACUUCCGUGUGCUUCGUGUGCGCCCACUUUGCCGCCGGCCAGUCGCAGGUAGCGGAACGGAACGCCGACUACGCGGAAAUUACGCGCAAGAUUGCGUUCCCGAUGGGCCGGUCGCUCAAGUCGCACGAUUACAUAUUCUGGUGCGGCGACUUUAACUACCGCAUCGACCUGGACAAGGACGAGCUGCGGGAGGCGCUGAAGCAGUCGCCGAACGAUCUGACCGGCGUGCUGCAGUACGACCAGCUGCGCAUCCAGCAGAACGCGGGCAGCGUGUUUAACGAGUUCCUCGAGGGCGAAAUCACCUUCCCGCCGACGUACAAGUACGAUCUGUUCAGUGACGAUUACGACACGAGCGAAAAGUGUCGAGCACCCGCCUGGACGGAUCGUGUGCUGUGGCGCCGGCGCAAACAGAGCCCGGAUGCGGACCGGCACCCGGGCUGGAAUCCGGGCCGGUUGGUCCAUUACGGGCGGGCGGAGUUGAAGCAGAGCGACCACCGGCCGGUCAUAGCGAUGAUCGACAUUGAGGUGCAUUCGAUCGAUCCGCAGCGCCGGUUGGCCGUGUUUGGCGAUGUGAUCCGUGACCUUGGCCCACCGGACGGCACGAUACUGAUACAGGCGUGUAGCGGUGGUGGGGGGACGACGACGGCUGGGGCGACCGAUUCGGGUGACGAGGACGAGGGUAGCAUCUACGACGAGAAUCUGAUGGCGGCCCUAAUCCAGGAGCUGACGCAGAUCGGCGAGGUAACGCUGGUGCGCUUCGUCGGCGACACGAUGUGGGUAACGUUCCGGGACGGGCAGUCCGCGCUGACCGCGGCCCAGAAGCGGACCGUGCUGGUGUGCGGCGUGCAGCUGACGAUCAAGCUGAAGACGGACGCGUGGGUCGAGCAGGUGGAGAAGGAGAUACUGCUCUGCACACCGAACACGGUGAGCUUCUGCGAUGACGGCAGCCAGUGCGGUGGCGAUUACAACAGUCUCGGCAUACCGGAGAUACCGGCGCGCCCGAAAAGUCCCCCGUCGGUACCGUCCCAGCCGAGCCGUCCCGGUCCGCCGAGCCGACCCCCGUUACCAAAGUCCCCGCAACCAUCACCAAAGCAUCAGCCGCACCCGCGGGCCGGUGUCAUCAGCCUGGGACCGGAGGCGCAGUUUGCCGCGAAGCUGCAGCAGAAGGUACCACCGGCCGUCCCGUGUGCACCGCAGCGACCUACACCGCCGGUGGAAGAGUAUGCCAGCUCUUCGCCGUUGCCGGGAUCGCCCUCGCACGGAGCGGGCCAGCCCGGUUCCAUUCCACAUCCGGCGGACACCGGUGCAAUAUACGAAGAAAUUCAUGACGACAUCCCUGUUUCUGAGCAGCCGCGUGGACCACCGCCACCACCACCACCGGCCCGCAGCGACGUGUACGAUCUGGACGUGGCAAGCAAUGGUGGCGGCAAGCAGGCGCCAAGCAAAUCAUCACCACCGGGCACAUCCGGUAGCUCUGGAGCCGGCUCGCCCUUAUCGUCCGCCACGGUACCACCAUCGUCCGGACCGCCGAAGGGCGCACCGCCACCGCUUCCGAUGCGCCGUGGUGCACCACCACCCAUACCGAAUCGAAGCGGCGGCCCACCACCGUUACCGGCCCGUCCGAACAAUCCUUAAACGGUGACGGCAACCCCCACCAUAUGCCCAUCACGGUCAUGGGGUUCUCUCACUCGCACUCGCGUGACGGUGGUGUGCGAUAACAGGGCAGUUGCAAUAGGCUCGCCAAGGCAGGGCUGGAUGAGCCAAACCGUAGCAAAGCUAACUAAAAUCAGGGGACGACGGGUGUGUUCAGUUGAUAGGACAAAAUUUUCCACAACCCUUAGGUCCCCAGUUGAUCUUGUCUUAUCCGCUGAAACUCCUUCUCCCCUCUUUCGUAUCUUUAUUUUGCAUGUGCCGAGCGAGCAGGCAGUUGACUUUAGUACGUUAACGAUUACAGCUAUAUCAAAAUCAGAACUAGAAACUGAUCUAAACACACAGCAACAGCUGCUCGUGUUGGUCACAUUCCAAAGCAGCAGUAGGGUUUACAUGCAUUAUGAGUUGGACUGCUUCGAAUCGAUACUCCUCGUUAAGGAAAAAACAAAACAAGCAUGAAUGUUAACAACAUAAGGCGCCACUUCUUUCCCAUUUGGCAAAUGGCAGGUGGGUUGGCGCUGGGCAAACGGUUAUCAUUUGCUAUCACUAUUAUUCUAAUGAUUAUUGCAUUAUUGGUAAUAUUAUUUGUAACGUUAACCCCAUAUCGCCACUAUUGCGGCAGCAGUGCUGUAUGCACGGGAAAUCGGGCGUGUAGUCUGUUAUAUAUCGAAUUGGGCUUAGUAAUUUAAUUGAAGCGAAAUGAAACAAUACAAUUACGCAUUAUAGUGGACGCCUAGCUAUUAACUCUCAUCGUUCGGGAACUGUGGUACGUAGCGGAAGCAAUAUUAGAGCUCAACACUCACAAACAAAUGACAACGCUUAUUUAGUGGCCACACACCAGACGGCCGGGUAGGAUCAAUUAAAAGACACACACACACACACACACACACAACCCGUUCCCACCACUCCCUCAUCCUUAGCCAUCCUUCAUGCGACGUGUGUGUGUUACGACUACUCGCCCGUAAUAUGUUACGCUUAGUGGGUGAGCACCUGUGCGUCAUAUGAGCUGAUACAGAGUAGUUCAAAACCUUCAGGACCCUUUGCUCUUUCUCUCUCUCUUUCUUUGACUCUUUGCGCUAAGGAUCUUCUUGGAGAUUUGGAGUAGGGAACCUUCGAGGACCUUGGAGCAUGGGACUAAAAUUUACUGAAGAAUUCCUCUGGAAAUCUGUGGAUACCUUUGGCUGGAACACUCUGUAUGAGUUUAUGCGAGCGUUUACUGCGCUCACUAACAGCCCAUAGCUUCGUGCUCACGUGCUCUACACACACACCGGAUGGCGAUUGCCCGCGUUAUAACAAAAAGUACUAUAGCUACAUAAUGUAAUCACAGUAAUUACACCACCAUUAGCCGGAAGCGUUAGUUUAAAUGCCACACAGCGUAACGUCCCAGCAAAACGGCAAUCGGGAGAAGACAGAGAAGACAGACGGGGUGAGCGCGGCCGCAAUAACGCUAACGGAACCAGUACAUUCCCAUCCCGGACCAGCUUGUUUGCUAGCUGCAAUAAGCUUGCCUGGGUUGCCCACAGCACACGGCGGAGAUGUGCGCGAGUUAGGUGUACGAAUGUAAUAUUGUUUCGUUUGCGAAAAUAUUUAUCAGACUGCAAGUGCGUUGAAUGCGUGUGUAUGUGUGCGAGUGUCGGCAUGUGUGUUGGAUAUGCUAAUCGGUCUAGCGCAGAGCUGAAACUCAUGUUACACAAAAUGAACUUAUUACCCAUGUAACGGAUAAAUAAACAGGUUAGUAAAAUGCA